AUGUUCAACGCAGUUAAAGAGACAACCGAGAAGCUGAAGGUUGGCCGUUUCUAUACGGAAUUCGGUAUCUGCGAGCCGGAUGGUAAUCCUGCCUCGAUCAACACCAUUGAAUGCAACGCUGUAAUGAACGGUGCUGAUGCUAACCUCCAAUCAUGGACCUACUGGGAUUCACAAUUCUUCGAUGGCGAAGGGAACCCCUAUCCGACCGUGGUACGUUCUGUCUUAUUUCGAAAUACCGAGCAUAUUCUUUUAGCCAAUCAGAAUGUCCAUUACAAUGCUGACUUCAUCCUCCUAAUAUACGGGUCUCUCUGUGUUGUAGUAUUUUUCCAGUGGUAG